AUGGCUCUUGUUGGUCCGUCUAACAACGAUACCGCAACAUCCAGCGCAUCCAUCAAGGAUACGCGCAACCACUUGGGGCUGCAUGAUACCCUGCGCUAUGGUCCUCGUACUCUUGCCACGGAGAUCGCGGGCACAAGUACUAUUCAGAAGCGACUGGAGAAUUGGGAAGCUACUCAAGACAACCUGAAGUUGAACUUGCGAAGAAAUAUGUACGGGAUGCAUGCUCCAGUUCGUUUGCUCAUGGAGAGAAAGGCCGUAUUUAACAAUCCUCAUAUGCCUGCGAUGCCUCAGUCAAACAUUCACCUUGAUAUCUUGAUGGGUCGGGAUGAGACGCUGGAUGUUGGAGACUUCUUUGGAGACAUUGAAACCUCUCUUCCACUUGACAUACACGCGGAUAUGGAACGCAAGCUCCGUUGUAAUUAUAAUGUUAUGCAAUCUGAUUUCAACGACUUCUAG